AUGGCGAUAUCAGCAGGAGCACUACAAGUUCCCAACGGCGAUGACACGGCGGACUUUGGCGACUUUGUGAGCAAUGAGGAUGAGGAGCUUGACCUUGAAGAGAUUGUGGAGCCCUGGCAUAAGUAUGACAUGAAGACAACUCCACAUGUCUUCUACCCCAUUUGUGUUGGAGAAGUGCUCAAUGAGAGAUACCUGGUUGAGCAUAAAAUUGGCUCUGGUGGCUUCUCCACUGUCUGGAUGGCCCAUGACCUCCAGGAUAGCAGGGAUGUAGCGCUCAAAGUCAUGUCUUUAGGGGAAUGGGGAGAAAAUGAAGCCCGCAUGCAAGGUGAAAUCCGCCAGAACGUAUAUGAUACCUCUCACCUUGUGACAUCUUUGACGACGUUUCUACUACCUGGAAACGGUUGUCAGCACAGGGUCCUAGUGUUUCCAUUGAUGGGCCCAUGCCUUCAACCUUCUAUCCUCAGAAAUAUGCCCAUGGCCACUCGCAUGUCUGCAGCUAAGCAAUUGCUCGAGGCCUUAGAAAAUUUACACAAAGGUGGUAUUAUACACCGCGAUUUAAAUGACAGGAACUGUAUGUGGGGCAUGGUUCCCCUGCAUGACCUCAGCAGAAGCGCUAAAUACAAGGCACUCGGCCGGCCAUUAAAACAAAUCAUACCAUUUGUUGACCUCUGGAAGGAGGGAGAGCUUGUUGGGCCUGCUAAGAUCCCUGAGAACUUACGCACAGAAGAAUUCUAUCUUGGUGACUUUGGUCUGGCGGUGAAACUUGGCGACCCUGUGCCUCGCGGCUAUCCACCAAUGCAAUUUUGCUCCCCGGACCGACUUCAUCGGAAAGGUCCAAGUUUCGCCUGUGAUAUGUGGAGUUACAUGAUCCUCUUUGCAGAGCUUUACCUUGGCUAUCCACCCUUCCCUACCCAUCUCAAGGGUGGAAUAAUAUCUGGUAUCAUUAGAUGUUUGGGUCCACUACCUGAGGAGUGGAAGGGCCUUUACACACACCCUGGAAGCCUUGAUUCCUGGUAUGAUCAGCAGAAAACAUCCGAUCCUGAUCAUGAUCUUGCAUCAACAAUUGCAUACUUUUGUCCUGAAGCUGAUCCGGUUGAGCAAAAACAUGUGCACUCCAUAAUGUCCAGUGUAUUUUCUUAUUAUCCAGAAAAUCGUCUGACUGCAACACAGCUUCUGCAGGAUCCUUCGUUCAGAGCUAUCAUGCACAAAUAUGGUUUCUGA